AUGGCUGCAGAAGGACCGAGUCCAAUGCAAACGCAGUUUGCCGCGCCAAACGUCAGCAAUGAUGACUUGAUUACAUUUUUUGAGACGCACUUCUCAGAUGCGGCACUUCAGACUUUCAAGUCUGAGUUUUUCAAUCCGAACCAGCAGUCAGAUACUGCCAACGCCGGCCCCUCGGUUGAAGAAGAUGACGACGUCUUUGAGGAAGAUGACGGCCUCGGCUACUAUCCGGAUGGCGUGAAGCGCACGCUCACUGACGAGCAAAUAGCCAUGUUCCGACACUCCGAGCUUGAAGCUCUGAAGCGAGAGCAGGAGAGAGCAGCUGAGCGGCGCUUCAUGGUGCCACGGUCAAACCAGAUUGGUGAGACCGGCGAUGACAACAGCCUCAAAGCUACCGAGUCAUUCCAGCAGUCGGGCAAGGUAACCAAGAACAAGAAGAAGAGGAAGGGAGGAAAGGGCAAAAACCAAGAGCCCAAGCCGGACCUCCGCAAACGGACCUGGGACGUUGUCGAAGCAGGGCUUGACACUCUCGACUACGAUUGA